UUUUUUUUUUUUUUUACGUAACACUCGGUUGGUAACGUAUGGAUUUUAUUGCGUUCAAACGUUACGUAAACAAUGUAACGCCAAUUAUAACGAAUCCUAGGAAACGAUCUUCCAAUUUUUUUUUCCUUGUGUACCGAUGUAAGCCUCAAACUUGAAGCCUCACUUUUACACUUUUUAUUUUUGCUCCGUCGAGAGAGAAGUUUUGUUUACAAAUUUUAUCAUCCGUAUCGGUAUAAUAAAACGAUAUUCAUCGGCACGCUUGCUUUAUUUAUUCUACCGAUUCAUUCCGAUUGUGCAUCGGUAUACACGAAGGUUGUCCCACAUUCGACACCUGUUCACGAGCAAAUUAAUAAGCGUUCUAAAGGUUUAUUGCGCAACGCUAGAUACAUCCAACGAGAAACAGAAGCGUGCAUAGUCAUUAUGAGGGCAAAAAAAAAAAAGGAAAAAAGGAGAAAGAAAAUGAAUUCGAAUAAAUAAUUUAUUUGUGGAGUUAACGCGAGAAAUGGCGUUAUCUUGGCUGCUUGGUUGAUUCAGAUUUAUCACAAGUUCGGUGAUAAUAGACGCGCAGGCAUGCGUCGUGGCAUCGAGCUCGUAGCGGCGACUCGCCUCGCUGUGUUUUAUCAGUCGACGCGAGUCGAAGCGAGUCGCGGUGUCCCAGAUUUUCAGUCGCACGUACGUGCUACACGCGACAGUGCAUAGCACGCAGCCGGUUGUUGAUCGGAUCCUAGAUCGGUCCAUCUUCAGAACGGUUUCGCGGUUCAACGAGCGUACAUCUAUGCCUACGUUUCUCGAUACUCGGGGAUCGUUCGCCGGUUGAAUUCGUAUCUUCGAGACCUUUCGACGUUAUCAUCGCGUUUCAGAGUUUCGAGGGAAAAUUUGUACGUGACUCAGUGAUGUCGAUGGCACAUGGUCCGAAAACUGUGCAGGAACGGAUCGGAAAAGAUAGGAGGGAAAGGAACUUGUGGUAAAUAGAAAAAGGAAAGAUUGCGUGUACCGGUGAACAUGGAAGACGAGGACUUUGGCUUCGCUUCGAAAAGGGCUGAUUCUAAGGAAACGGUGAAAAGUGACAAGGAUAGCUGCCCCUCGAUCGUCGGCGAUAAAUCCUCGGGAGAGAAGACGAGGGAAACGAUCGGUGGUGGUGGGUAUAGAUCAGUGAUGACAGCGCCGUUAUUCGGGGCGACCGAGGCCGGAAACGCCGUCCCUGAGCGGGCAGCGACCGCCUCUUCAUCCUCUCCGGCUUCCUCAGUCGUUUCCAACCCGCCGAACAUACCGAACGUAGUCGAGUAUCAUCUGAAAGUGAAGCCUGGCCAAACACAGAGAAUUAGCACCACUCGACUCGAUAAUAGUAGCUUUUCUUCAACGCAGACAAGUCAAGAAGUGGUCGAGAUGAAGAAGGAGAAAAGUCCCGCAUCUUCGACCGACAAAGAAAGGAAAGAUCUCGUGUCAAAGCUAUCUCGUUUGUCCAUCGAUAACAACGUCUUUGAAGGUUCCACGGAUCUUCCUCAAGUGUUCCAGGUGAAAUAUUUAGGCUCUCAUGAUGCCAGGGGCCUCUGGGGUAUCAAGCACACGAGAAGGCCAGUCGAUAACAUGGUCGCUGCGGCUAAGGCCUUACCGACCAACACCAUGCUGCCUCUGAUCAAACUGGUUGUGUCCGAGGAAGGCGUAGCUUUGCUGCCUAUCGAGAAAAGAAAGCAGGAUCCCAACUUCGUCAAGAUGUAUCCUAUCGAGACGAUCUCUUACGGGGUCCAGGAUCUCGUCUAUACCCGGGUAUUUUCAAUGAUCGUUGUACGGGAGACGGACAACUUUAGAAGAAUGUCGCCGUUCGAAUGUUACGGUUUUGUCUGCGAGUCGAAACAUCACGCGAGGCAGCUCACUUACGCUCUGGCCGCUGCUUUCGAGAUCUAUUCGAGGAGCGUGAAGGCGCAAGAUAAAAUGGCGGAAAUGGCGGGCAAAAACGGAGCGAAAAAAAGGUUCGCCAUAGAUCUUAGGAGUCCUGAAGAGAUGGCAGCCGAUUUGGCUGUAGAUUCUGAAGCUUAAAAGUUGUUUUCGCUUCGACUAGAAUCUUUUUCCGUUCCGUCGAUAAAAGGAUCGAAAAGAGGAUUCGAUGAAAAUUACGUUAUGUUGGAUUAUCGGGAUAGAUGUCUGCUCGAUGGACAAUACAGGGUAUAUUACAUGGUCGAAAAUAUUUAAUAUAUUUUAGAUUGCGUUGUAUCGUUAAGUUCUUUUAAAACAGAGAUAUUUAUGGAUUAAGGAAUAAAAUAUUAAAAACUUGCUUGUGAAAGGCUUGUUAAAGAUACGAGUGAUUUACAAAAAAGAGUAUUUGUAUUCUCUUCAAUCGUUUAAACAUUAGGUAUCUAUUUUUUUUUCUUUUUAACGUAUAUUAUCUUCGUUUAAUUUUCACGAAAUGUCGCCCAGAGGCGAGAUUUACGUUGAUCUUAAUUCUUUUCCUUUCGAUUAUAAAAUGCUUUUGAGUAUUGAUAUGACGUUUCACGAAUCUUCUGAUCGCAGUGAAGUUGUGUUUGAUCGCGAAAGUUGAUUUAAUCGUUGUUUGUUGUUAAUUCUAUUUUAUCGGCAUUUAUAAAGGGAAAUAGGUACUGCCUAUAUCCACGAUAUGAUGGCUAGUUAUCCAAAGAUACCGAAUAGAAAAGAAGCCGAAGAUUACCGACGGAUUUCGGUGACUUUUGCAAUUUCGUAAAUAAUUCUCUAAUUUUUGAAUUUAAAAUAUGAAAAAAAAAAAAAAAAAAGAUUGGAUUUAUUUCUAGCCGCUUUUCACGCGAGCGUGCGUGCGUGUGUAUGUGUGUGCGUGUAUUUCUUUUUUUACUUUCAUUUUAUCCUCUCUGUACAGUAAGUUUCGAGUAUAUUUUUUCUUUACGGAUUAUAAUUUAUUCUCGACUUAUCCUUAAGUCGCAAGACCAAUAUCGAUACAUAUCAAUCGUUGUAAAUAAAUAAUUAACAAAACAAAAAAAAAAAAAAAGAAAAAGCGUUAUCGACAACGAUAGCCUCCUUUAGCAUCGAUAAUUAUUAUUUUUCGACGUUUCGUUAAUUCGUUAGAUAUUAAGUUACUUUUUUUUUUUUUUUUUUUUUUUUUUGCUUUUAAACGCAUUCAUCUUUUGCACCGUCGUUGCACUUUCCGUUUCGUUCUAGGCUUGGGACAUUUGUGUAAACUUCUUUAUACGUGUGAUUGCUUAAUUACCGAAUACCGAAGUAGCAGUAUUAAUUACUCGUAUCAUUGUAUAUGCAAUAAAAUUUGUUGCAGAGACUACAACAA